GCUCUGUCCAUCACCUGGACAGGUGUGUCCAUUAGCCUCGGGCGGCUGAGUGCAGUGGAUCCAGGCAGAGGCUAACAGUGCCUGGUGAGAUAACAACAGCACCAUCAUGGGCAGUGGAAGCAGCAGUGCUUGCAGAAUGGUGUCUAUCUCGGAUGGAUAUGCCUCAGCAUCCCUACAAAGUAGUUCCGUGGAGUAAGAGAGUAGAGAUCACCUUGAGCUGCUGCUUGUCAGUGUACUGACUCUUACAUCAGUCAGCGGUUUCCUGCGAGAAGGACCUCUCCAGAUCCCAUAAUAAUCGCCAUGCCUCAGCUAAAGUGUGCCGACAUGGGCUCCGCCUUCAUCCAGACGCAGCAGCUCAACGCCGCCAUGGCUGACACUUUCCUGGAACACAUGUGCCUGCUGGAUAUUGACUCGGAACCCACCACUGCUCGCAAUACUGGCAUCAUCUGCACCAUUGGGCCAGCCUCUCGCUCUGUGGACAUCCUGAAAGAGAUGAUCAAGUCUGGAAUGAACAUUGCCCGCUUGAACUUCUCCCACGGCACACACGAGUACCACGCUGGAACCAUCAAGAAUGUGCGUGAGGCAUGUGAGAGCUUUGAGCCCGGAAGCAUCCAGUACAGGCCAAUUGGUAUCGCCCUGGACACUAAAGGGCCAGAGAUCAGGACCGGCCUCAUCAAGGGAAGCGGUACAGCUGAGGUGGAGCUGAAGAAGGGCAACAUGAUCAAGAUCACCUUGGAUGACUCCUACCAGGACAACUGCAGCGACGAGAUCCUCUGGCUGGACUACAAGAAUAUCACCAAAGUCGUGGAACCCGGCAGCAAGAUCUACAUUGAUGACGGACUCAUUUCCCUGCAGGUCAAGGAGAUUGGGUCCGAUUUCCUCAUGUGUGAGAUAGAGAAUGGCGGGACCCUGGGCAGUAAGAAGGGCGUCAACCUCCCCGGCGCCGCUGUAGACCUGCCUGCCGUCUCAGAAAAAGACAUCCAGGAUCUGACAUUCGGUGUGGAGCAAGGCGUCGACAUGGUUUUCGCCUCCUUCAUCCGCAAGGCCGCUGACGUCCAUGCCGUCCGGGCUGUGCUGGGGGAGAAGGGCAAAGACAUCAAGAUCAUCAGCAAGCUGGAGAACCAUGAGGGCGUCCGCAGGUUUGAUGAGAUAAUGGAGGCCAGCGAUGGCAUCAUGGUCGCCCGUGGCGACCUUGGUAUUGAAAUCCCCACAGAAAAAGUCUUCCUUGCCCAGAAAAUGAUGAUUGGCCGCUGCAACAGAGCCGGCAAGCCAAUCACAUGCGCCACUCAGAUGUUGGAGAGCAUGAUCAAGAAGCCAAGGCCCACCCGCGCCGAGGGCAGCGACGUCGCCAACGCCGUGCUGGAUGGGGCGGACUGCAUCAUGCUGAGUGGUGAGACCGCUAAGGGAGACUACCCCCUGGAAGCUGUGCGCACACAACACAUGAUCGCUCGCGAAGCAGAGGCCGCCAUGUUCCACCGUCAGGUGUUUGAGGACCUGCGUCGCUCCACGCCGUACUGCAAAGACCCUGCAGAGGCCAUUGCAAUCGGAGCUGUCGAGGCCUCAUUUAAGAGCUUGGCCUCCGCGAUCAUUGUGCUCACGGGCUCCGGAAGGUCCGCACACCUGCUGUCCAGAUACAGGCCACGUGCCCCCAUCCUGGCCGUGACCCGUAACGCCCAGACUGCCCGCCAGGCUCACCUGUACCGCGGGAUCUUCCCGGUCCUUUACACCAAACCCGCUCACGACGUGUGGGCCGAGGAUGUGGACAUGCGUGUCAACUUUGCCAUGGAUAUGGGCAAGGCUAGAGGCUUCUUCAAGGAGGGCGACGUCGUCAUCGUCCUGACCGGCUGGCGUCCAGGUUCCGGUUACACCAACACCAUGCGAGUUGUUCUUGUGGCCUGAGCUGCCUGAACAGGGUCGCCUUCAUCUUCACCUGUCCUCUAUAGCUCUCAACACUCCCACCAUUCAUUCAUUCAUUCAUUCAUUCAUUCACUCCUCUGACGACACAUGGGCUCUACCGGUGAACUCCUACAAAACACAUUUAGGCAAUAUAAUAUAAAAGAGACCAGGCAGCCUUUUUGCAAGAACCGGGUGGGUUUGUAGGCUUGUUCUGUGCAAAUCCACACCCUGUGUCCAUUCAUUUCACUUUCAAACUUUGAAUGAAACCAGGCUGCGGUGCCUCAGAUUGACACACGUCGACCAAGAAACUGCUGUAUGUAUUCACUCUAAAGACGCUUGUAUUCAAUGCGGUCCAGUCUAGUGGCGGACCCAGGUGCAUGCGCAUCGCGGCUCUUGUUUAGGUGAUGUGAUUUUUCCUAAACACCCCUCCUCGGCCGAGCAAUCGAACAAAAUAGUGGCGUAUCCACCUAAACAGAGUUUUGUGUAGUGCUGUAUGACGUGUCCUCUAUGCUUUGACUCCGUGUUGCACUCCUAAUCGUACUCCACUGUGUUACAGUCUAUAUUAUACUUGACUAUUAUAGUGAAUGGUGUUUUGUUUUGUUUGGGACAUCCAUAAUAACUUCUAUUUUGUCUAACGCUAGAGAAUUUGGAUGUCCCUCCCCAUUUGAAGCUUGUUACUGUAUUUAUGUUGUCAUAUACACGUCACGUGUUUUAGGAUCCUGUCUAAGUUGGCACUUAAAAUAAAAAUACACGAAAAGGGCACUUUGAUGGGGGGGCACUUUUGUCCCAGUGGGUGAUGGGUACACAAAAAAAUCCCCAUACUUGUUUGUCCACGUCGAUGAGCCUGCUAUAGCAUUCAUCAUGUGUCUGACAUGCUAUUUGAUUGUUACGCUAGUGUAAGAGCUAUGUGAACGUGAACAGGUCAUGUGUAGCCGGUGUACUGAGUCAUCACAAGACUGGAUUUCAUCAAUAAAGUGACAAGUACCUAAA